GUCAUAAAGCUGCACAGAGCAACAAACACACACACUUCUACAAUGGUCCCAACGUGGACCCUCUCGUUGCUGCUCCUCGCCGGCCUCGUCACUAAAGGGCUCUCCAUCCCGCUGGCAGAUAAAGAAGCCUGGAGCUAUGUGGAGGUGAGAGAGGGGGCCCACAUGUUCUGGUGGCUGUAUUACGCUGACAGCCAGUCUCCCGGAUACACAGAGCUGCCUCUGGUCAUGUGGCUGCAGGGUGGACCAGGAGGAUCAGGAAGUGGCUUUGGGAACUUUGAGGAGAUCGGACCUUUGAACCGGAACCUAGAGCCCAGAAAGCAGAGCUGGGUGCAGGCAGCCAGUGUGUUAUUUGUAGACAACCCUGUGGGCACUGGCUUUAGCUACACUGACGGGCCUGAGGGCUUUGCGACUGAUGUGGCCACGGUGGCCUCAGACAUGCUAGUGCUGCUCAAACACUUCUUUUCAGAGAAGGCUGACUUCCAGAGCAUCCCCUUUUACAUCUUCUCAGAGUCGUAUGGAGGAAAGAUGGCCGCUGCGAUCUCCCUGGAACUCACCAAGGCCAUAGCACAAGGAACUGUGAAAUGUAACUUUGCUGGUGUGGCACUUGGGGACUCGUGGAUUUCACCACUGGACUCUGUCAUGACGUGGGGGCCGUACCUCUACACCACCUCGCUGCUGGAUGACAAUGGCCUGGCUGCUGUCAGCAGUGCAGCGGAGGAGGUGAAGCAAGCCGUGGAGCAGCAACAGUUUUUGAAGGCCACAGAGCUGUGGUCUAUGACCGAGACUGUGGUGGAGCAGAACACCAACGGGGUCAACUUCUACAACAUCCUCACCCAGGACCCGGAGGAAAAAGUCCGCUCUUCAGUGGGAGAGGACUUCAUUGCUCUGCAGGCCAGUCGUCACAUCCGUCCCCUCCACAGCCAAUCACUGUCUCAGUUGAUGAAUGGACCCAUCAGGAAGAAACUGGGCAUCAUUCCCCACAAUGUAACCUGGGGAGGCCAGGCAGAGGAUGUGUUCAGCCACAUGGCCGGAGACUUCAUGAGGCCGGUGGUGGACGUCGUCAACCAGCUGCUGAUCGCUGGAGUCAACGUCACUGUCUACAACGGACAGCUGGACCUCAUCGUGGACACCAUUGGUCAAGAGCUGUGGGUGAAGCAGCUGAAGUGGGAGGGGCUGCCAGGCUUCAACAAGUUGAGGUGGACCCCCCUAGAUGACCCCAGCGCCCCAGGCGUCACCGGAGCUUUCUUCAAGACCUAUAAGAACUUUGCCUUCUAUUGGAUUCUCAGAGCUGGUCACAUGAUUCCCUCAGACCAGGGACCAAUGGCGUUACAGAUGAUGAAGAUGAUCACCCAGCAGGCCUGAUCCACCCACUCUGAUGCCAGCUGGAAUGGCUCUGACAAUCACAAUGAAAUCAUGACUUUUUUUUAGUUUUUAUUCACUUUCUGCUAAACCAAAUCCAAAAUCUCUCCGAAAUCUACACAGACUCCGCCUGUGUAGAUUUCAGCUAUAAUACCAAUAAAUACUGUUUGUUUUUGUA